AUGAAUUCUAAUGUCGUGUAUCCUAGCGUGUGUCACAAGGGUGAGACAGGGGGAUACGGCGCUCAACACUACGGCUCCGACCUAGCCGCUCAGGUGUACUACGGUCAGCCCGCAGAGCCUCUUUCUGGUACCGGCAACCACUAUAUUAGCGGCGGCUUGGUUAGUUCUUUUCCCGGUCCAGAUCCACGUACUCCGCCAUUACAUGGAGAUACAAACGGACAUUUACCGCAUCCCAUUAUCAAUGAUACAAACGGACUCAGCUAUACAAACCUGGACCAUAGUUAUGGCCAGCAGGGUCGUCUAAGCCACCCUCACUCCGGGGGAAGUCCCGGGAUCCACCCAGCUUACAGUACGACAGGAGACAUGAGUCCACGGGGUCCACCAGGGACAUUUGGCUACAGAAACUUGGAUUAUGGACAUCCAGGCCACGAGAUGACCGGUCAUCACGGUAUUCAUCAUCCUGCAGACCACACAUCUGUAAAUCUAAACGAUGGCUGCGGAUCUCGACCAGUGUCCACGGUCACCGGUCUACCAGCCGCCACCGCUUAUUCCUACCUCGACCCGCUAGCUCUUCCUCGAAGAAAUGGCUUUGGAUAUCAGGAAGGAUAUGACUCGGUUAUGCGGGACAGCUGCCAGCCUAACGGUGCUUUUCAGACCCACGCUCUGUCUACUCAACACACGGCACCCGUUCCCACCUACAAAUGGAUGCAAGUUAAAAGGAAUUUGCCGAAACCAGGUGAGUCUUCUUCAUUUGUAUUGUAA